GGUUAUGAAAAAUCCAUGAUAUAUGGAAGAGGACGAGCCUUGUUCUCAAAACUUGUCAAAACAAGAAUGGAUAGUCCUAAUGGUACAUUUUGUGUUAGACGCUCGUCAAACGGCAAAGAUUAUACUCUUUCUUUAAAGCAUGAAGGGAAGACAAGGUUGAUUAAAAUUAUCAUAUCUAAGGAUCGUUGCGGAUUCCAUGAAGAUGCACUUCACUACGAUUCUGUUAUAUCAUUAAUUGAAUAUUACAAGAGGAAUUCGUUAAAGGAAUAUAAUGUGCAUCUCGCCAUUCAAUUAUUAUUUCCUCUAAAACAACAGAAUGCACAGAAGUCAUUUUGGGAAAUUGAUGGACUGCAUAGCAUUGAGCAUUUAUUCUGCCAAUUACGUGGCAUUUGUGCCGCUCACAUUCGUUUGAUGCGUUUCGAUGAAAAAAUUUGCGUUGAGUUGGAUUCAUUACGAGAAGAACUUUCAAAGAAGCGUCAGGCUCGAGCCGCAUAUAAAGUUGCUCGUGAUCUAUUCCAAGGACAGAUUGCUAUUUUGUCAAAGAACGGAGAUUUAAUGACUACUGAAUCAGAUCUUGCAUAUUUGAGAGCCAAUUUGGAUUUGCAAAAGAAACGUUUGGAAACUAUUGAAAACCAGUUACAACAAACGAAUGAAUGUGUUGUCAUUUUUGAAAAAGAUAUACAAGAAAAUGAGAAUAUUCAUAUUAGUUUAUUGCCGAAAUAUUCGAAAAUUCAUCGCGAACUCGAUAGGUGUCGUUUUCGAUUGUGCCAGCAAAAAAUUCCUGAAGCAAUUCUGGAUAAAGUUCAGCAAGAAGUUUCAAUACUGGCUGAUGCAGAACAUCCUGCUUUGUCAAAAGUUUUGGUACGAUGUCAUCUUCGGUGGCAACCAGAUCGAUAUUUAGCGACUGAUUGCACUAAGUACGCUGGAGAAUUAAAAGAGAAAACAAUAAAUUCACGAAUUACAUUAAAUACAUUAAAUUUAUGGAGAUUAUUUGAGGAAAAUGCAAUCAAAAUUAUAAAAAAACUGAUGGAACACAAUCCAGGGAAUUCAGAUGGAAUUUUCUUAAUACGUCCAAGUCAGUCGCAAGAUGGUCAAUACGCGUUGACACUAUCUUAUGGCGAUCAUAUUCAUAAUUGUUUGGUGGAAUAUCGAGAUAUCAAGCAUCCUGAAUCGUGUGGUUUUGCUUUCCUGAAUACGAAAUUGUUUUUUCCCACUAUAGUAGACUUUGUGCGAUACUAUAGUAAUUAUUCAAUGAAAGAGCACAAUACGCAACUGGAUACUAGAUUAAAAAUGCCAGCAUUCAGAGGAACAUUAUAA